GAUGGAUAAUAUUUUUAGCUCUUUCAUCAAAAGGUCAUUUUUUAUCCUUUUGAGAAAACCCUUUCCUUCACAAGCUUCAUUGUACACUAUUAGCGCUAUUCCUGGAUUGUUCCCUCAAAAUCUCCUGAUUUCAGAUUUUGAGUGUUGUCGAUAGGACAUAAGCAGCUGCUCAUCCAUCUUAGUCGUGCCCCAGGCCAGCAAUCCAGUGUUUGAAUGCGCAUGAUUGAUCAGACGCCUAUUAAAACUUAUUAACCAGCUGAAACUAUGAACAUUAGGAUUCUCAAAUCCUUGUUCACAUCAUUUUCCAGUCCCACUACAAUAAUUCCAACUCCAAAUCUCCACUAUUUUUGCACUAACACAACAGCUGUAAAACGAAUAUCCCAAUUUGAAUAUCCUCUACAAUUCCAACAAAAAUCCCCCCAAAGAAAUCUCAUUGCAGUAUCGAGUCUUCUCACAAAAUAUGGUUUUCCAGCUCUAGAACUUCCUGAUUUUCUCGAGAGGAAUCGUCGUUUACUAAAUCUAGACCCCGCCAAAAUUGAAAAAUCCCUUAAGGUUCUAUUAUCCUUGAAACCAUCUCAAGAAUUCCUAGUGUCCAUGAUAAGUAGUUGUCCCAGGGUUCUAGAAUAUGAUGCUAUAAAGAAAUGGGAAGGAGGCAUCCAAGGAUUAGAAGAGGGGUCCAAAUUCAAUUUAUCCUCUUUGGCUAUUCGGAAUAUUCUGGAGGUUUCGGUGAAGUUUGAAUUAGAUUAUGAUUGUGUUCUGGGGUCUCUUAAAUGCCUGAAGGAUUUAGGAAUUACUAAUAUUACUCUAAAUAAGGUUUUAGAGACAUGUCCCAUGGUAACUACAAUGUCUGCAAUCAAGAUUCAUGACAGUUUUGAAUUCGUCAUUAAUGCCUUUGGGAUUGGCAGAGUUGAAUUCGAUAGCAUUCUCCGUGUCUAUCCAGGUAUUUUCGCCUUUGGGUUUCAAAGUAAGGUUAGGCAGUUGCUCGACGAAUUUAAAGUUUUGGGUUUUAAUAUGGAGAUGGUUAAGAAACAGGUUCUUAAAGAUCCUAGAAUUCUUGCACUGGAAGUUGGGGAGUUAUCGCGGUGUUUGGAGUUGCUUAAAAGUUUGAAAUGUAGGGAAAUUAUUAAGAAGGAUAUUUUUCGUGAGGGGUUUUUUAAGGCUGGGUAUGAGGUGAAACUAAGGGUUGAUUGUUUACGUAAUCACGGGUUAACCUUAAGGGAUGCUUAUUCCGUGUUAUGGAAAGAGCCGAGAGUGAUACUUUAUCACAUCGAAGAUGUUGAGAGGAAGAUUCAGUUUUUAGUUAACGUGAUGAAAGUUGAUAUUCAUUGUCUUAUUGAAGUUCCGGAGUACCUUGGGGUGAACUUCGAGAAACAUAUUCUACCGAGAUUCAAGGUAAUUGACUACUUAAGAUCAAUAGGAGGACUUGGUGAUGAAGUGGGGUUAAGGGAGUUGAUUAAACCUAGUAGAUUGAAAUUUUAUAAUCUAUAUGUCAAGCCGUAUCCAGAGUGUGAAGCAAUAUAUGGAAGAUUUGCAAGAAAUGAUGAAGUGAGAAGUCGACAUCCAGUGGGAAUGUGGAAGCUUUUCAAACCACAAAAUAAUCUAAAGUCCAAAGAAGAUAUUAUGAACAUUAAGUCGUAUAUGGAUUCGUUGGCUUGAGUUCUGAAUCUUUUCUCUAUAUUCUGCCCGAACAUACAUCUUUGUAGCAUUCUCUUGGAAGAUCCUUUUCCAAGUUUUUGCUGCAGCUGAAAGAGGGAUCAGGAUGCGCAUGAUAGGAAUGAAGGCCAAUAAACCUUUCUCUUCUUCCCUCAGUAUUGCCACCAAAAAAGGAGCAGUAGGUUUGCUAAUGGUGUCAAACAGAGAGGUUCGACUGAAUGUAGGCGGGUAAAAAUGGGCUAAAACCGUACCCGCGCAAGUUCAGCCCUACCCGCCUAUUUGACACUCCUACCUAUUUCAGUGUUGUCAGUAGCGCUGCCACCAACGGCCACACUGGCUUGCUUAUUUGUGCUGAACUAUGGAACAAACAGGAUUAGGGCUAUUUCUGAUCAUGGUAAUUGGGGUUGGCGGUGCCAGCACUAUUCAUCCCGUCUUUUAUCUGUACUCCCGGACAGUCCUAGUUGGUUGAUAAUAUGGGAGAGGGAAAAGGAGGCUACACAAUUGCUAAGAAAAGAUCCGAGGAGUUGAUUAUGUUACUGCUGAAUUUAUUAACCUUUUGAUGACAAGUGAAACAUCCAAGAAAACAUGGACCAACCUUCUAUUUGAUCAUCCGAAAGUACAAGUCAUCACUGUGAUUGUCAACGUGGUUGCAACCUUUGUUUUUCAGUCUUCGAAUUAACGUUCCAUAAGUUUGUUUGGAGAAUGCUUUUUUUUUUUUAAAUGGUGGCAUCUCCAAUGUGUAUAUUACAGACAGCAGUAGUAGCUUUUAUAGGGAAUAAUAAUGCACAGCAGUUUUGCCUCUUUGA